AUGUUGCUUACAAUGAUUGUCUAUCUCGAUGUCUUAUCAAGCUCAGUUCCAAUUUUCGAGGAACUUGGUAAAGCUCCAAGGCUGUUAUUUCUGUUCCUGCUCACUGUGAUUGGCAGUGUUUUCGCUCACAUAAUGAUAACUGUGAGUUUAUGGUGCCAGGAGAAAAAAGAAGACAGAAUUUUUGAAUUUUCGAAAACUCAAGCUAAAUUCGCUCUAUGCUGCGCCCGUUUUAACGAAAAAUUUAUCCAGGGCGAGUACAAUAUUCCUCAUGUAAUCUUACAGAAAUGCAAUGAGGAUGAAAAAAAUGACAAUGAGGAUGACAAUCUUCAUCGCAUUCGAGAAAAUCAAAAUGCGGAUGAAUACCAUGAUGCUUGGAUUUUCUAUGCAAAAAUGCUUUCUCACUUUUGGGCCUUGAUUUUGACUGUAACGAUUAUAACUGUGACAUUUGGUAUCAUCAUUGAUCUUCAUGUUCAAAGUUCAAAUGCGUUGGAUGAAAUUUAUCUCAGCUAA